UUGCCCUAGUCGCUCGCCCGCCCAAUGCCGCCUAGGUCUCGCACACGAGUCAAACUUAAGUGAACAACUGAUACAUACUAUCCUUUAAACAAAUGGGAUAAAAUUAAAUAAAAUAACCCAGUGCUUGCAAGUGUCGUUAUAAUCUUGUACAAGUGUAACUUUGUGAUUUUUUUUUAAUUUUUAAUUUCGUGUGAUAUUAGAUUUUAAGUAAGUUAGUGCAUAAACUUUACGUGCUUUGGCAUUAUAGAAAUGGAGGAGCAAGUCGAGAGGAAAGAACGCCUGCAGCGAGCGCCCUUUGAGACUGCGCUGCAUCAUGCCGGUUAUGGGUGCUUCCAAUGGCUGCUUCUCAUGUCAUGCGGUGCUGUAUACGCGGUCUGCGCUCUCAGUACGACCACCCUAAGCUUCGUGUUACCUGCAGCAGAAUGUGACUUCAACCUCUCCUCUAGCGACAAAGGGAGACUCACAGCCACGCCGCUUAUAGGUAUGUGCGUGGGAUCAUAUUUCUGGGGCAACUUGGCAGAUGCGCGUGGGCGCAGGAAGGCCAUUAUUGGUGCGCUUUUACUGGACGCUCUUGCGGCUUUUCUCUCUAGUCUGGUGCAGUCCUUCCCUGCAUUUUUGGCUUGCAGAUUCUUCUCCGGCUUCGGUAUUAUUGGAGCCACUGGUCUUAUAUUUCCGUACUUCGGAGAUUUUCUCUCGUUACGGCAUCGAGAUGUAAUGCUGUGCAGGCUCGAGGUUUUCUGGACCUUUGGCACCAUCUUAUUACCAGGUAUCGCCUGGUUAAUUAUUCAAGACCCUCGCUUCAAUCUCACGGCUGAUGGUGCCGAUUUUCAGUACACAUCUUGGCGGGUAUUCGUUGCUGCCUGCGGAAUCCCCAGCCUCCUGGUUGUACUACUACUGCUGCCUUUUCCCGAGAGUCCUAGAUAUUUACUUUACGUAAAUAAAGCUGAACAAGCACUGCAAGUGCUGCAGAGGAUAUUUGUUGUAAACACAAGACUAGCAGAAAAAGAUUUUCCGGUAGAAUCGAUGAUAAGCGUCUGUGAUGGUGAGGAAGAAGAAGUAGUGUCGGCUGACAAUAAUGGCAACGAGACCAAAUCUCCCCUCACUUGGAAUCAGAGGUGGAAUGCUUUCUGGAAUAGAAAGAAGAUGCUGGUCACUCCACCUUAUAUUGGACUUUUGGUGCUCUGCUGUUUUGUAGAUUUUGGACUAAUGUUUAGUUACUACACAUUGAUGAUGUGGUUCCCAGACCUGUUCGAGAGGUUCAGUCAGUUCUCGUCACUUUUCCCCGGCGUCUCCGCUGGUGUCUGUGAAGUUUCCGCUAAUGUUACUAGAACUGAAUUAAUGGGAAAGCAAGAAUGUCCUCAGACAAUAGACGAUAAAGUUUAUAUUCACACUUUAGUGGUCGCACUUAGCUGCGUACCUACGGCCUUGUGGGUCGGUCUCACAAUCAACAUGGUUGGAAAGAAACCUAUGCUCGUUUUCAUGUUGAUCAGCUCCGGGCUAGCCGCCCUAGGUCUAAACUUGGUGCGCUCAUCACUCCAGAACCUGCUGCUAUCAUGCGUAUUUGAAGCAAUCGUCAGCUGUACAGAAGCAGUUCUCUUCUGCGUAAUAUGUGAAAUAUUUCCCACUAAAGUUGCCGCGACGGCAAUGGCAGUAACAGUAAUGUGCGGGCGAGUGGGCGCCAUCGUCGGAAACGUGGUCUUUGGUGCACUAGUCGACCAGCAAUGCGUCGUGCCCAUCUAUAUGUUCGGCGCGCUGCUCAUUACGAGCGGUCUUCUCUGCAUCAUACUGCCGAAGAGCACGCGACCCGAGCGGCCGCAGUAAUAUGUAUCUGUUAUAAUUUUAUCUCUGUAAUGAUAAAUAAACUAGCCUAUAUAAGCAAUGUUUAA